AUGCCUUUGGUUGGUAAGGAUGGUGGUUCUACCUCUGGGCUUGAAUCGAUUAAUGUUGCUGAUGGUAGUGCUGGGUUGUAUGGGCCAUGGAUGAUGGCCAAAACAGCCGUUCGACCAUCUGCUGGUGGCCGCAGUCAACAUAGAAAUGACUCUUCUCGUUUGUCGGGGUCGAGGUUUGAAGUACUAGGAGAGGAUAAUGGGGAGGCGUCAGGGUCUCAGCCGGAUGCUUUAAUGAAAACUGGGGUUUUGGGGGCUUCUCGUGAAUCGUUAACGAGGUUGUAUGCAGAGAAGGGGAAGGCUAAGAUGGGUGUUGAUGGGGAUUGGACGGUGAUGCCGGGGAGAAGAAAAAGGCGGGCGGCUAAGACGAGUAAGAAGGUGCAGAAAGUAUCAGGAGACGAGCCGAGUGGGAUCAAGACGAGUGGUGGUGAGGGACUUCAUGUGGUGGAGCGAUCUUCGUCUUCUCCAGCCUCAGAGACGGGAUUUCUUGCUGAUCUUCGUACGGCUGGUCGGGCUCUUUCCUCGCAGAAUGCAGUGGUGAUUCCAAUGGAAUCGGAGUUAGAUUCUUCAAAGCAUCUUGCAGUCCAAGUAUUGGAUUCUCCGGAGUUGAAUCCAGAGCCCGCUAGUGAGUUUGAUCUGGACCCAGGUGAUUCAGAAAUGGUAGUCGCCUCACCCCGACUAGAUCCGACGCAUCAUGAGGGGGAACCAUUUCAAAUGACCGAAGGGGAUAUUGAAGUCCACCGGGGAAUGGAGGCCGGGCUUGUCGGCGAAUUCUCACAUUUUGGAUUCAUUUCCGGUAGUCGGUUCUAA